CUGACGCCACUAUGCGGCGAGGCGCGGAAUGAUGACGUAUGGCCCGCGCGGCGCGGCGGCCGCACUCCGGAGCCGCCUUCGUUCCCUUUUGUCCAAGAUGGCGGCGGCCGCCGGAGGCGCCUCCUGAGUCGCGGGCCCCGGAGCCAUGAAGCGGGGCAGCGAGCGGGACCCCAGCCCGGGCGGGGCGGGGGGAGGCCGAGCCGCCGCCGCCAAGCGGCCCCGGGAGCGAGAACGGGAAAGCAGCAGCCGGCGGGCCCCGCACCGGAGCUCGGGCACCUCCCGCAGUAGCCGGGACAAGCUCCCGCCCGGCGGUGGCAGCGGCGCCUCUAGCUCCCGGAGCCACCGCGGUGACGAGCGGGCCGGGGGCAGCGACUCCAACCACCGCACGGCGGGAGGUGGGUCGGCCUCCAGCGCCCGCAGCAGCCAGGCCGCCCCUCCCUCCACCUCUUCCUCGUCGUCGUCGCGGGCGCUGGGGGCCCCCAAGGCCAAGGCCCUCCCGGGGGCCGUGGUAGCCCCGUCACUGCUGCUGGCUGCCCCCCCGCCAGGGGCAGCACCCUCCCUGCUGCUGGCCCCGCUGGGGGGCUCGCCAGGGCUGGUGGUGGAGCCACCCGGCUCCUGCGAGUACAAGACGUUGCUGGUGAGUGGGCUGAGUGCAGCGCUGCCUGACCAGCUGCUGGAGGAUGGGCUCUUCCGCCAGUUCCAGCGGUUCGCGAGUGGGGGCGCUGGCGACAUCAGUGUCAAGCUCUCCCACACACCCGAGCUCGGCCGUGUCGCCUAUGUCAACUUCCGGCACCCAGGGGAUGCCCGCGAUGCCCGCAGACACGCCCGGGCCCGGCAGCUUCUUCUGUACGAUCGUCCCCUAAAGGUGGAGCCUGUGUAUCUGCGUGGGGGUCGCAGGAGCCGCACACCCCCACCUGUGCCCUCCCCAGAGCCUCUGGGCUACCUGCCACCCAUCCACAGCGCUUACCAGUAUAAGCAGAGAUCGCUCUCGCCUGUUGCCAGCCCUUUAUUGAGGGAGCCAAGGCCCCGGCAUGCUCAUGCCGCGGCUGCAGCCUUUGCCUUGGAGGCUGCUGCGCUUGGGCUCUCCCGGGAGCGGGAGAGGGCGCUGGAUUACUAUGGGCUGUAUGAUGAGCGUGGCCGACCCUAUGGCUACCCCAUAGUGGCUGAGGAAGACCUGAUGCCAGAGGAUGACCAGAGAGCCACCCGGAACCUGUUCAUUGGGAACUUGGAUCAUAAUGUCUCAGAGGUGGAGCUGAGACGUGCUUUUGAGAAGUAUGGCAUCAUUGAGGAGGUAGUGAUCAAGCGCCCUGCUCGAGGCCAAGGUGGGGCCUAUGCGUUCCUCAAGUUCCAGAACUUGGACAUGGCCCAUCGGGCAAAGGUCGCCAUGUCUGGCCGGGUUGUUGGCAGGAACCCAAUCAAAAUUGGCUAUGGUAAAGCCAACCCUACUACUCGACUCUGGGUGGGCGGCCUUGGACCAAGUACAUCCCUGGCUGCCCUUGCUAGGGAGUUUGAUCGCUUUGGUAGCAUCAGGACUAUUGACUAUGUGAAGGGGGAUAGCUUUGCUUAUAUUCAGUAUGAAAGCCUGGAUGCUGCCCAGGCUGCCUGUGCACAGAUGAGGGGCUUCCCCUUGGGUGGACCAGAGAGGAGACUUAGAGUGGAUUUUGCCAAAGCUGAAGAGACAAGAUACCCCCAGCAGUACCAGCCUGCACCACUCCCAGUGCACUAUGAGCUGUUACCUGAUGGAUAUAGCAGGCACAGAAGCCUAGAGCAAGACUUAAGGGUGAGAGAUAGGACUCCUCCACAUCUCCUGUACUCAGACCGAGACAGGAGCUUUGCAGAGGUAGACUGGGCUAGCCCUGCCAAAAAUGCUGAACGCAGAAAUAACUUGGAGAGCUACAGCCGAUCUGUGCGUAGCCGCAGCGGAGAACGUUGGGGUAGUGACAGUGACCGCAGCGUGCCCAAGCCUUGGGAAGAACGGCGGAAACGCCGGAGCCUUUCCAGUGACCGUGGAAGGACUGCUCAUUCACCUUACGAGGACAGAGGCAGGACAAAGGCCAGUGGGCUAGCUUUAGAUCGCAGCCCAGACAGGGUUCGCAAAGAGAACAACACUACAGAGUCUGGAACAGAGAGAGACCAGAGUAACUCCCUUCAGAACAACCGGCAUGUGUCUGAGGAGAAACCCCAUCGUGAAACUUCUGAUCUUCCUCAGCCUAAAAAAAGGGACAGCGAACGCAAUCAUCGAACUGGUGAAUCGGAAUCAAAAACUCACGAGGAACCAAAAUCUGAGACCAAAAAAGUAAAGAACUUAUCAGAAUUCGCUCAGACACUGCAACUUGCUUGGAACGGGCUUCUUGUGUUAAAAAAUAGCUGCUUCCCCACGUCUAUGCACAUCCUGGAGGGAGACCUAGGUGUCAUCAAUGGGCUCCUAAAAGACCAUUCAUCUGGUGGGAAGUUAACACAGCUCAAGAUUGCUCAAAGACUUCGGCUUGACCAGCCCAAGCUGGAUGAAGUAACUCGCCGUAUCAAACAAGGCAGUCCUAAUGGUUAUGCUGUGCUACUGGCUACCCAAGCCACCCAAGGAGGGGUAGGGGCUGAGGGGACCUUUCCUGUUGUGGAGCCUGGCUUGCAGCGAAGGCUUCUCAGGAAUCUGGUCUCCUACUUGAAACAGAAGCAGGCUGCUGGGGUGAUCAGCCUGCCUGUGGGAGGGGCGAAGUGCAGAGACAGCACAGGCAUGCUUUACGCUUUCCCUCCCUGUGAAUUCUCUCAGCAGUACCUCCAGUCAGCACUAAGGACAUUGGGAAAGUUAGAAGAAGAACAUAUGGUGAUAGUUAUAGUCAAAGACACUGCCUAGCCCACACUGUCUCUUCAGAUUCCAUGUUUUCUUUGUGUGUGUCACAGCCCAGUUGUUUUUAAGGCCGAUCAUUUUGGUGGAAGCCCAGUAUAUCUUAAACAAAAUUGUAAGAUUUUUAGUUUCGAAUUAAUUUUAAUACCAUUUGAAUAGAUCCACUUUUAUUCGUUUUUUAAUAUGUGACACUGUCCACUGUGUUCUGUAUUUUUAUUUUUUAACUGUAUGGAAAGUUGUCAGUAAAGCCUUGUUCACUGAUGGAUUUUUAA